AUGAAAGCAGAAGCAUACAUGUACAUGGCAGCCAAACGGGCUACUUUCUUCCCGCGCGGGCCAGGCUGGGCCUUACGCGGGCAACCAAACACGCCCCUGAUCGCUUGGCGCGUGCUGGCCGGCGACUUGCUGGACUAUGUCCGCUUCCGCGCGGUCUGCCCCCACUGGCGAUCUAGCAUGGUCUGCCCACACGGCUGCGGCGUCAUUGAUCCACGCUUCCACCUGCGCCGCUGGAUGAUGCUACCGGAGGGCCACGGCCUGUACCCGUCCCACGCCAGCCUCCGGGGCUACAUCCACUUCUUCAACCUCGACACAGGGAAAUUCGUCCGCGUCAAGCUCCCGGUCUUCAACGACCACUGUGUCCUCGACUCGGCCGAAGGUCUGCUAGUCAUGCAGCGGGAUGAAGACACAGCCAUCCGACUGUUCCACCCUUUCACCGGCGAUGUCGUCGACCUCCCACCACUCGUGACCCUUGUGCCACACAUUAACCCUGACCUACCUGGGGCUUUUCACCCGAUGCAGAAGUUCCACUACCUUAGGGGAGUGUGUGCCGCCUUCAGUGUCAGCGCUACCGGAGCCAUCACCAUCAUGCUCGCGCUUCAUCGGAUGGGAUGUGUAGCCUUCGCUACCCCCCGUGAUCAGUGA